AUGGCGGUGGUGGCAGAGGAACAGGGAAGGGGCAUCGGAGAUCUGCCGGAGGAGUGCGUCUCCCUCAUCCUAUCGUUCACCUCGCCGCGCGACGCGUGCAGAUCGGCCGCGGUCUCGUCGGCGUUCCUCGCGGCGGCGUCCUCCGGCGUUGUCUGGGGGCGCUUCCUGCCGCCGGACUACGAAGAGAUCCUUUCGAUGUUGCCGGCGCCGCUGGCGUUCCGGUCGAAGAAGGAGCUCUACUCUCGGCUCUGCGAUUCCGUCCUCCUUAUCAGCGGCGGCAGGAAGGUAAGCAUGAUGUUGGAGGGAAUAGGAAACUUCAGCUCCGGCUGUUUCUAGAGAGCCUGUUGUGAUCCCCUCAUGUGCAUGCGCGGGCAGAUCUUCGCGUUGGAGAGGGCGACGGGCAGGAAAUGCGUCACGCUGUCGGCGAGGGAUCUCAACAUCGUGUGGGGCGAUUCCCCCCAUUACUGGAGGUGGACGUCCGUCCCGGACUCGAGGUCUGGUUUUUUUCGCUCCCGCUCAUCUUCUUCUCUGCUCCAUUGAAUCUUGUGACAUACCUAAAUCUUCAUUUCCCCCUUUCGUCCUUCAAAUUUCAGGUUCUCGGAGGCGGCGGAGCUCUUGAACGUGUGUUGGCUGGAGAUCCGCGGGAAGAUCGCCUGCAGGAUGCUCUCCCCCAAGACGACCUACGUUGCUCAUCUCGUCUUCAAGCUAUCCGUGGAGUCCCACGGCCUCGACUACCCAAGCCAGGAAGGAUCCAUCAGAGCGGGAUCCCGCGUGUCCUCAGAGGAGGUCUGUCUCCACCCCUGCACCCAGCAGCGCCGCUCGUCCCGCUCCAAUUCCGUCGUCAGGUUCCGGCGCAUGCUUUCAGUGCGGGCGACGCCUCCGCCGGCGGCGCCGUCGGCGGCGGAGAAGCGGCAGGUCCCCCGCGCCAGAGGCGACGGGUGGAUGGAGGUGCUGAUAGGGGAGUUCCUCAACGACGACGUCGACGAGGAGGAGGUCGAGGUCUCUUUCACGGAGAUCCGGGGGGGCCACUGGAAGAGCGGGCUUGUUGUUAAGGGAAUCGAAAUAAGGCCCAAGUAA